AUGGAUGCAUCGUCUUCACCGUCUCUUUCCGAGGAAAGCUUGAAGCUUGAACUGGAUGAUCUGCAGAAACAGCUGAACAAAAAGCUGAGAUUCGAGGCAUCCGUUCGUUCUAUUCAUUCUCUUCUUCGUGAUCGCUACUCUUCCUCCUCCCCUUCUCUCCGCAAACAGUUCUAUACAGUUGUAUCUCGUGUGGCAACGGUUCUCAAGACGAGAUACACAGCUACUGGGUUUUGGGUCGCGGGGCUGAGCCUCCUCGAGGAGGCUGAGCGGCUUGUCUCUGAUGCUUCCGAGAAGAAACACUUGAAAUCUUGCAUUGCUCAAGCCAAGGAUCAGUUAAUCGAAGUAGAUACUCAGCCGACGGAGAGCUCACAAGGUGGUGGUUAUCUUUUCGAAGGACAUCUAACGGUUGAUCGUGAGCCGCCACAGCCUCAGUGGCUCGUGCAGCAGAACCUCAUGUCUGCCUUCGCUUCGAUCGCUGCUGGUGAAUCAUCUAAUGGCGCCCCUGUUGAAAACGCUCUUGGGGAAACGGCUAGCUUGAUGCAAGAGCUCAUCAACGGCCUUGACAGUAUCAUCCCAGAGAUGCUAGAAGAUGGUGGACCACCGAGAGCUCCGCCGGCGAGUAAAGAAGCUGUGGAGAAGCUCCCGGUGAUUGUUUUCAGCGAGGAAAUGCUUAAAAAGUUGGGAGCAGAGGUAGAAUGUUGCAUCUGCAAAGAGAAUCUGGUGAUCGGAGAUAAAAUGCAGGAGUUGCCAUGCAAGCACACAUUUCACCCUCCUUGCUUAAAGCCUUGGCUGGACGAGCAUAACUCUUGCCCUAUAUGCCGCCAUGAAUUGCCAACAGACGAUCAGAAGUACGAGAACUGGAAAGAGAAAGAGAAAGAGGCUGAGGAAGAGCGGAAAGGCGCAGAGAAUGCUGUCCGUGGUGGUGAAUAUAUGUAUGUUUAG